UUCAAAUAGAAGAAUAUUUGCACCACACUUAAUACGAUCCCUAGAAUCGUUGAAUAUCAGUAAUUAUGCUGCCAAGGAUUACAAAAAGGAUGUGGUGAAAAUGAAACCCAAUAAGGCGAUAAAACGGGGCGAUCGUAUUCUAACGGAAAAGCCAUUUACCUAUGUGCUUAAAUCGCAAUUUCGCAAGGAAAGAUGUGAUAAUUGUUUGAGCAGUACUAAGGUUAUGAAAUGUUCAAAUUGCAAUUACGUCUAUUAUUGUAAUCGGGCAUGCCAAAUGGAGGCAUGGCCAUUACAUAAAAUCGAAUGUCCAUUCCUGAAACGCAUUUAUCCACGUAGCGUACCAGAUGCUGCACGCAUACUAUGCCGUAUUAUAAUCAAAUUGAAUAAUGGUGGUGAUAUGGAAAAGGGUUAUUACACAGAGACAUGUUUUCGCAAAUUUAGAGAUUUAAUGUCACACUAUCAAGAAAUCAAACAUGACCCACGACGUUUGGAACACUUGGAAUGCUUACAUGCCAUUUUGAGUGAAAUGAUGCAGGACAGUGCCAUUGUACCCAACGAGGCUGAACUGCUAACAAUAUAUGGCCGGUUAAUUACAAAUGGAUUCAAUAUACUCGAUGCCGAAAUGAAUUCAAUUGCAACGGCCAUAUUUUUGGGUGUUUCCGUCACCGAUCACAGCUGCAAACCGAAUGCAGUGGCCACAUUUGAGGGCACCACAUUGCAUAUACAGGCCAUAGAAGAUAUUGAGUGUUUGGAUUGGUCAAAGAUUUUCAUUAGCUACAUAGAUUUGUUGAAUACGCCUGAACAAAGACGUAAGGACUUAAAGGACAAUUACUAUUUCCUGUGUAUCUGCAGCAAGUGUAUUGAUCCCCAUGAGGCUUUGGAAAUGGAGUCGGCCUGUUGUCCGAAUCGUAAAUGUAAAGCCAAUGUUGAUGUUAAACUCACCAAUUGUUCGGCCUGUGGUACGGGUAUUAGUCCCAGGCAUCGUAAUGGUUUUAAUGAAGUCAUGGAGUUAACCAAACAUCAGUUAGGCAGUAUGAAAGAUGUGGCAUAUUUAGAUGUAUGUAAAGUAUUGCUGAACAAACAGGAGGAAUUUAUGCAUCCUUUCAAUGUUUGGUAUAUCAAAACCCUAGAUGCUGCCUUUGAAGCUGCCAUAGAUGUUGGCAAAUGGCCAGAAGCUUUAAAUUAUGGCAAAAAAUUACUGCCAGGUUUUCGCAAAUACUAUGGCGAUUGGAAUCCUCUUUUGGGUUUGCUCUAUUUAAAAUUAGCCAAAAUCCAACAUCAUGAAUCCCAUCUCAAAGAUUGUAUUGAAAAUUUCCAAGAAGCACGUAAAAUUCUCGAAGUUACACAUGGCAAAGAUCAUUCAUUAAUACAAAAUCAGCUAAAGCCUUUAUUGUUGCAGGCAAUUGCAGAAAGCACAGCUUAG